GAUGUCAAAACGUCGAAGCCAGUAUGUGAAAACAGCAAUUUUCUCCUUCUCUUCCCUCUCGCAUCGCGUCCGGAGCCAAGAAAGCCUCCUCUUCUCCUUCCACUCCCUCAACUCCCAAAACCCCAAAUCCCUCCACCUCGGCCCGAUCCAUGGCUCCGACGACGCGCAACGCGCAGCCACGGCGCACCCGCGACCUCCUCCUGCCGCAUCAGAGCGGGAAUGCCGAUGCGCAGCCGGAGGCGGACGGCAAGAAGCCGGCCCCAUUCGCGCGGGUCUGGUCGCCGGAGGACGACGUCCGCAUCCUCGAGGGCCUCGCCGCGCACACCGCGCAGCACGGAACGCCGCCGGGGCGCUCCCAGCUCCGCGACGCUCUUGCCGGCCGCGCCCUGGACAAGGCGGAGUUUACCGUCACUGAUAUCUACGAGAAGGUGCGCCGGCUCAAGACACGGUACUUGAACCAGCGCUCCACCGGUGGGGUUGCGCCAGGCGGGGAUGAGGCCCGGAAGUACCAACUCUCUACGGUGAUUUGGGGCAAAGAGAUCGCGCCGCGGUUGGCGCAGCCCAAGGUGGCCAAGAAAGAAAGCAGCACCAGCGCCAUUUCUGUGCUGGGCACCCACGUGCGCAGGGGGUUCGAGGAGAUGCAGUGCCUGUACCCCAACCUGGCCGCAGCGGUGGAGAGAAUCGCUAGCGGCAAGAACUGUGACGUGAUGGGGGCAGUGCUCAAGAGGGCGCUCCAGUUUAUCGAUGACGAAGAAGCGGCUGAAUUGGAUGCUAAAGUGAAGAAGCAGAGGGUUCUGGAGGCUAAGAUGAGGAUGAACCGAACUACUGUGAGGAAUGAGGUGAUUGGUGCCCUUAUCAAAUCCACUGAUUGACAAGCCUUCAAUGGUGUACGUAGGACGGGAAGGUGUCUUCUUUUGUGGGGUAAUCUUAUUAAGGCCAAGCUGCAGAAUCGUGCGAUCCACAGGUGUUGAAGACGUCAGCAAGAUUGCACUUGGCUCUUUUGUCUUCUGCUUAAUUAGUAUCUAUACUUCAUGCUAUGGGUGUCUCUGGUGUUCUCUUAUUUUGGUCCAGGGUGGACAUGCUUGGCAGCUGAUGUAAAGCUCUGAUGAUUCUGGGUCUCGUAAGGCUAUGCCUCGAUCCUGUAUAUAUCGUAGUAGUUUAUAUUCUGCUGAACUGCCUGCACAAAGGUUAUCUGUUGCUCAUGUGGACUUGAUGACAGAUUUAGUGAAUCUUCUCACCUGCUCAAGGCA